GAAGAACUCACAUGAAUUUCUUCAAAGAUCGCGUGCAUCUGCUGAGUCAUGAAUGGUGGUGUUCAUGGGCGAUAAGUGGUUGAGUAUCAUGUAGCUGAGUCGCGACCCUUGCUUGGGUACAGUACGCGUCACAUCUCUCAUCGUCAAGCUGCAACACUUUGAGGCUUCAACAUCUGUCAACAUGCCAAAGCCAAAGAAAGCUCUCACAACCAAAGACGUUCCUCCUGAAUUUCUUGAGGCCGCGUUCCUUAUCGGACAUGUCCCUCAGAUGGCAUUACAAUCUGACCCACGCAUAUCUUUUUCCCUCUACGUCCCACCUGGACCGUACAAAUCGCGUGCAGCAAAUACACAAGACGAAACUACCAACAAAACGAAACUACCACUUCUAGUCAAUAUCCAUGGGACACGAAGAAAUCUUUCUGCCAUCUAUGGUGAUUUAAAGACUUUUGCCGAUUCCAUGCCUUGUGCAGUUUUGCAACCUCUUUUCCCGGCCGGCAUCGAAGGACCGAAUGACUUGGACUCAUACAAGAAGCUCAAGUCCAAGACUUUCCGGUCUGAUCUAGCUCUGCUAUCGAUUCUUGAUGAGGUCGGAGCACGCUGGCCGCACAUCGAUACGACAAGACUCUUCCUCAUGGGGUUCUCUGGCGGUGGGCAGUUUGCACAGCGCUUCUUGUAUAUCUACCCAGAACGUCUGGCAGCCGUCGGUAUAGGAGCUCCAGGGAAGGUAACGAUGUUGGAUGAACAACAGAAGUGGCCGAAAGGAGUUUCGGACGUCCAGGAAGUCUUUGGAAGAUCAGUCGACAAGACUUUGCUCAAAGCGGUUGAUAUCCACAUGGUCGUCGGCAGCACAGAUACAGGUGCACAUGGUGGUAACGAAUUUAAGGAAUGGCAAGGCCGGAUGAAGGCCAAGAUUAAGACAUCUGGCUCUGAUGAAGAAGCUGAAUUUAUCAGUAACAUCGAGAGCUCGAAGGACGGCAAAGGCAGACUCGGCACUCUGCAAAACAUUCAGACCGUCUGGAAAGAUCUCGGCAUCGAAGCUCAUCUUGAUAUUGUAGACGGAGUCGGUCAUUCCGCCGAUGGCGUUCGUGGUGCUGUUUUGGCAUAUCUUGAGCCCCUUAUAAAGGCUCACAACAAAUGAACGCUCCCCGACUUCCAUCAGAGCUGGAAUACUACAGAUGAUAUUUUAUCGAGCUCCCUAUUAAACAUAACCUAAAGCGAUCUUAAAAAAUAACGCAACGAUAACUCCAGAUAGCCCUUGUUUGGGCAGGUCGCGCUGUCCUAGCUAGCUCGAAAAAAUAACAAUUUCUGUCGUAUCCUCUACUCUAGCUCGCCAG